AUGAAGUAUUGUAUUAAGUUAAUUUAGUUAGAAAGAUUAUAAAGAAAAUGAAUAAACAAAGAUCAGAAUAAUGUUAUCAACAAUGGAGCAAGUGUAAAUAAAUUUAGUUUUAUAAUAAUCAAGAAUUAAAUUUGAAGCAAAUUUAGGAACAUCACUUAGAGCUGCAAGUCAAACUUUGAUAAGAUAAUAUUUAAAUGAAUUUUUAAUAAGUUAAACAAAUUAAUAAGAGUUAAUUCUUGGAAUGAAAGAAUGUGUAAAAUUAAAAAUUUAAUUUUAUGAAAUUUUAGAUUCAGAUUCUGGAUUUACUUUUACACAACUAUUUAAAAAGCUAAAAGAAACUUCAAGAUCUUUACUUAAAAUUGAAAAAUAAUUUUAUCAAUUAUUUAAUUUAGCUCCAGAUUUGUCUCUUCAAAAAGCAUUUUGCUUUUUUGAGGCAUAAAUAAUGAAUAAUUUACUUGCAGCUUUUAAAGUAAAAUAAUCAGAAAUUAACUUAAAGGAAAAUUAAAUUAAAUAUAGAGGUAUUAAAGACUUAAAUCUUUCUGCUGAUGUCAAUUCAUUUAUUUUAUUAUCAGUAGAUGAGAAUUUUAGAACAUUUAGCAUAAUUUAAACAUCCCAGAAUUUUUUUAAACUAUUUGGAAUUUAAUUUGAUCUAUCUACAUAUAAUUUUAGUGAUAUAAUUCCUUAGUUUUAUAGCAAAUAUCAUGAAAAUUCAGUCUAGAAUUUUUUUCAUACAGGUUAAAAUAAGUUUUACAGAAAUUUUAAUCAUACUUUUAUCAAAGGUCAUAAUGGAUUGUUAAAAUAAGUGAGUUUAUGUAUAGAUAAUACACAAGUAUUUAAAAUUGAUAAAUUUAUAUUUGUUGGUUUCUUGUAAAGUGUAAAUACAGAACUUCCAAUUUUAGUUGUAGAUGCUUAAACAUAAAUGGCCUUUUUUACUAGUAAAACACUAUUAGCAUUUGGAAUAAAUGAAUUUUAUUAAAAAUAAUUAAUUGAGGAUGGUGUGUUACAUUAAAUAGGAAUAUUAACAAUAAUUCCAUAUUUUAAAAUGUUAUUAAGAACUGAUAUGAAUACUGAUAUUGCAACUACAUUUUGUUUCUUUCUUAAACCUUAAUACAAUUCAGAAGCAAUUUUAACUUAAUCAACAGUAAAAAAAGAUUCAAAUUUUUUUGUUUGGAAAAAUAAAGACAAUAUAAAUUGUUUUAGCAUAGAAAUAAAAAUAGAAAAAAUAACUCUUUAAUUAGCAAGUUAUUUUUAACUUGAAUUUAUAUCAAUGAAAUAAAUUUUGAGUAAUGAUGAGAGAAAGAAAGUUCUUGAACUUUAUAAACCUUGUUUAGGAGACACUGUAACGAGUAAGGGAUCAAAAUGGAAAGGAAAGCAUCUUAAAAUAAUGAGUAUAUUAUCAUUUAGACAUGAAAGAAAAAGAAAUACUUUCAAAUAAUAAGAUAAUAAUUUAAAGUAAAGUGUUUUAAUAAAUAAUAACAAAGGAUAAACAAAAAAUUUGAAUCAAUCUUCUUUUAUUCAAUAAAAUUAAAGUUAAUCAAAUUUAUUAAGUAGUAAAGCAAGAAAUGAAUAAGAAUUUUAUAAAUCUUUUAAUAAAUCAUUUGUUGAAAGUGAAAUUUAAAAUAGCUAAUUGGAAAAAGAAGAGCAUUCACCAGAUAAAAAAAAAAAUAAUGAACCAAAUAAUUCAAGAUUACAUCAAUAAGUAGAAAGAAUAGGACAAUAAUCAUCAAGUGUUGCUGGAUUUUAAAGACCAUUUUAUUAUAAUAGAUAUUAUUUAUUAGAAAAAAUGAGUGAAAAAAGGAAUCCUAAAAAAAUAGAUUCUUUUCUAUUUUUUUUUAUAGGACAAAGUUUAAUUUUUUUUAUUUUUUCUUCUCUUGUGAUGAUUAAUAUGACUAAUGAUAUGACAUAUAUUAUAGAUAACAUUUAAAUGGCAUCAUUACAUGCUAGUAUAAUGGGACCGCAUGAUUUAUUUUUUUCAAUGAGAAUUACGGUAUCUUCUUAUUAAUAAAUGCAAAGAGAAGGUUUCUUGAAUGAAAAUUAAGUAAUUUAAUUAACAGAUCCUUUUUAUAUUAAUAUAAGAUCAGGAUAUUUAGAAUUAAAAGAAAGUUUCUAUAAAUAAUUGAGAAAUGUAUAUUUGUAAGAGUUUUUUUCAGGUAUUGAAUUAAAUUUAAGAUUUAUGGAAGAAAACGAUAAAGAAUUGUAUAAUAUGUCAACAAGUUUUAGAGAAUCUUUAUUAACUAUUUUAUAAUAUUAAUAUGAUCAUAUGAGAACAAUUGAAUAAAGAUAAAGCACAUCAGGAAAACCAUGUUAAAUAUUUUUAAUGGCUAAUUAUUUUCUCUUACAUGACAAGAUUGAGACAAUUACAUAAGAAAUAUAAAAAUGGUUAAUAGAAACUAAAGAUACAAUUGAUAAUAAAGGUAAAAUCUUUUGGAUUAUACUUUAAUUAUUAUUGAUAACUUUUGGAUUAAUUGGAUUGUAUAAUUUUAAUUUGUACAUUAAGUAUUAUGAUUAGUUUUUACUAAUUUUUAAUGAAUUUAAUAAAAAAUUAAUCUAUGAUUAAUUAAAUAGAUACGAUUCCAUAUACUAAUAAUUAUAAUCAAAUUAAGAUGAGAUUUUAAGAUAUAAUUUUGAUGUAGAAUUAAAUGAGUAAGAAAAAUCCUAAUCUUAAUAUGGAAGAGGUAAAGCACAUCAUUUUAAGCUUUUAAAUAGAAAUAGAUAAUAAUUAUCAAGAUUUCAUGUUUAUUCAAUCAUAAUUUUUAUCACUGUGGUUUAUUUAAUAUACACAAGUGCAAUUUACUAUAAAUAACAAACUUAUUUAUCUAAAUAUGAUGAUACAAUCUUAUUUUAUAAAAUGAUUUAAGAUCUUAAAUUAAAAAGUGGAAGUAUUUAUUUAUUUAAAGAAAUCAGUCUUAGAUGGGAUAAUUUCACUUUUUUAACUUCAAAUGAAAGAGAUAUCUUAUAUGAGUACAUUGAUUAAUCGCAUAAAAUAAUGAGUCAAUAUAUUCUACUCUCUUCAACUUUCGAUUAAUCAUAAUAUUUAGUAGGAAACAGAUUUACAGAUAAAUUUGUAGAUAUAUAAAAAAAUAUUAUUUGCUUAGAAAUUCUAGAUGUAAGAAUAUAUAUUAUAUUUUUAGUAAUUGGAAGCUUUUAUGCAAUUUUAUUGUGAUAAAUCCUUUGAAGGUACUCUCUCAAAAGGUUUAAUAUAAAGUUUAAAUUACAUUUCAAAUUCAAUAAAAAUUUAACAAUAGAUUAACAACUUUACAAAAAGAGUAGAAGUUUAAUUGUAUGAAUAAGAAGGAUCAUAAAUAAUUACAAGAUCAUUUUUUGGUCUAUCUAACUUAUUUUUAGAAAGUGUGAAAGACAGCUGCGAUGAAUUAAAUAAUUUCUUAAUUGUAAGUAUAUCAAUUAUAAUUAGUAUUUUUCUCUAAUUUAUUUGCUAAUAUCUGCUUUUCUAAUUAUUUUCAUCAAGUAAAUAUAUAGAUAAUAUUUAAUACAUGAAUACCAUUAAAUCAGAUAAUCUUUAUUUUUGAUACCGAAAGAGUCAAUUCUAUAUGAUGAAUCUUUGGAAAGAUAUCUCAGAGAAAUUGCACUUCAUUAAGGUUUAAUUUGA